GCCGCGACGCUAUGACGUCACUGAUCCGCGCUUCGCCGACGAACAUACCUCGCCUAGCGAUUGAGAACUCAUGAAUGAAAUCCUAUUUACUAUCAAGUAUCCGGAUAGAGUACUCGCGAGGGAACGCGCCUACGAGCACAGAGAAAGCAAUAUCAUCGAAAAGAAAAUCUACGUGAGAGGCAUAUCAACGAAUCGACCCCAUUAGCAAGACGGACGCGAGUGAUAUCGAACAUCCCGUGUUGUAAUUAAAUUGAUUAAGCGCCCCCCUCGCCUGCCUGCACAUCUCGAGCAAAUUAAAUCAAACUCUAUCAUUCGAGAUUCGGCACCGCCGUGCCCUCGAUCGCGACGCAAAUUUAUCAAGGAGCUCGUGGUUCUUCCCGCGAAGAAAGUUUUCGCCGUUCUGCAAAACACCAUCCGCCUUCAGAUUGAAUUCAGCGAACUUGUCGAAGGCGGGAGGGGAAUUGGAAGGAAGACUUCGGCUCAACGGGGGAGGAAGUUGCAGCAGGCGGGGAAACUUAUCAAGUGGAAUUCGAUAGAGUACCUUCGCGGCUACGAAACAGGAGGAGUCGAGAAACUCGGCGGGGAACGGGGAAUUCCAGGAAAGACAAUUCGUGUGUCUCGCGCCUCGAGAAACUUCAUCGUCCAGCAAAUCCUUCCUGUCUUCGUGAACCAACGCGGAAACCAGCCGGUCGUACUCCGAUCGUUCCCGGUGCAUCCGUGAGAACGUAAGCUUCGUUCUGUCGACUGUAAUUUAGCGAAAUCGGGAGAUGCAAGGCGGACGGUGAGAAUCCGCAACAAAAGAGAUCCAAUUUAGAAGCGGAGUCUUGGACUCGGCGAAGAGAAGAUUGGUGUAACUCGCGCGCGUUAGAACCCGCUCCAAACUACGAAGAUGGGUAAGAAGAAUAGCAAGCUCAAGCAGGAUACCAUCGAUCGUCUUACCACCGACACGUACUUCACCGAGAAGGAGAUUCGUCAAUGGCACAAAGGAUUCCUGAAAGAUUGCCCUGAUGGAUUGCUGACAGAACAGGGCUUCAUAAAGAUCUACAAGCAGUUCUUCCCCCAGGGUGACCCGUCAAAGUUCGCCUCUCUCGUCUUCAGAGUCUUCGACGAGAACGCCGACGGCACGAUAGAGUUCGAGGAGUUCAUAAGAGCGCUCUCGGUGACGUCGCGCGGUAACCUGGACGAAAAGCUUCACUGGGCCUUCCGUUUGUACGACGUGGAUAACGACGGCUUCAUCACGAGGGACGAGAUGUACAAUAUUGUCGACGCGAUAUAUCAGAUGGUUGGGCAGCAGCCGCAAGCCGAGGACGAGAAUACCCCGCAGAAGAGGGUCGACAAAAUCUUCGACCAGAUGGACAAGAACCACGACGACAAGCUCACGCUAGAGGAAUUCCGGGAGGGUAGCAAGGCCGACCCGAGGAUCGUCCAGGCGCUCUCGUUGGGCGGCGAGUAACCCCGAUUUUCAUCAUAGGCGACGCGCGAUCACUUCGAAAUCGGGAGUCUCCACGUCGUCGUCGUCGUCGUUAUCGUAAUUGUCGACGUACGCGAGCUGGGCGAGCCGCUCGUCCUGAUAAUCGACCGACGAGGAAAAGACCUUGGGAGAGAAGGCAAGUCCACAUCCGCGCGGUUUGGCAUGCACGUAUUUAAUAGGUAGGCAAUAAUGUGUGAGAGCGCGCGAGAGGCGUCAGUUGGUGUUGAGAUUUGCGAAUAUUUUUGGAGAGAGAUCUCUCGUCGAAGAGCUAGUACUACUUACUUCUUUUCUACUCUCUCGCCCUAUCUCUCUUUCUCUAUAUACUGUAACUCUCGGAGGAAGAUCGGUUCUCGUUCCCCGUUGGUGAACCGAUCCCUCCACCUUUGUUAACGAUCCGAUUUCGAAAAUCUCGAUGCUAAUAUAACUGUAGAUAUACCAUAGCGUUUGAACAGUCGUAGCUUUCAAGGAGACUGGACGUGGGCGGAUUACAUUUUUAGGUAGAGAGCAUGCAGAACUUCGAUACGAAUAAACUGUUAGAAACGAUGUAUGAACGAUGAAGACGUUACAAAUUACGGAGAGGAGAGAAUUCCCGUUCACGCGGGGGCGUUCUCUCGAAAGCAAUCUCUUUUGUCGCGUCGCUCCUCCUCCACGCUUCCGUUAUUCCGCUGGCAAAGUAGCGUCACGGUAAUACAGGUAACGAGUAAAAUUCGAAUAUACUCGACGCGAGCACGCCGCUCGAUUUUCAACGAGGCUCACCGGGGAGGUCAUUUCCGAUUUGUGCAGCGCGACUCCACAUUAGAGAAAAUGGGAAGAAGAACGGAAGAGAGAACGGUAUAAGUAAAGGGAUGGGUAGUGGGUAAAUUGCCGCGGGGAUAAGCAUUCAAAUGUGGACAACUGAUCGUGCACUGUGCGGCGUUGCGUAGCGAAUACGACCGCAAACAAAAAUUCCAGAGAGUCACAAUGAGCUAGUACGUAUUUCAAUAAAACGUCGAGCGAAAGAAUCGAGAGAGAUGGGCAAAUUUUGCAAUGAUGAAUAGCGCCGUAACAACGGUACUCGGACACUAUUCUUCCUCGCCUCUCUUGUUUUCUUCAUUUUACGCAACGCGCGCUCUACUGAAUUAAGUACCUCGCCAUUACGAAUUCAAUCAUCGAACGUAAAUAUUAAUACGGAUUUUUAUAUAACAGCUACUUUAUGUAACGCUGCCGCCUAGAAGUGUUGCAGAUUAUUCAUUUCCAAAUGUCAAAAAGCACCGGCGUCGAGUACUAACGAGCGUUGCGUGCCACUGAUAAAAUUGCAGUGUCGAUUUGACGCCGGACACGGCGUCAUUUGCGCGCGAUUUCUUAACAAACGGCGGCAACCGUCUCGUAAGAGUAUAUAUCGACUCGCGUUGCGUAACGCGGCGCAUUACAACGGCAUGGCAAAAAUUCGGAGAUACGGAGACGAUGACUAAGCAAAAGGGAAAGAUGAAUAAUGGUAAUCUGCUUUCCGAUAUUAAUGAGCGUUUUACGUCACUUACACGACGAAGUGGCCGGCCUUACAAAUCGUCAGCUGCAGCACGCGUAUUAUCAAUGGGAAUCUUCGCCGGGUUAUAGAAUUGCACAGAAGCACGAGAGAUGUAUUCAAAGUAAAUGUGAGAAAUAAUUAUACGUUAUUUACUCCUUAAUUAUAGUUGGAAAAGUUGUGUUAUUAUUGAUUUUACGGCUCUCAUAAGAGAUCUCCGUCAGAAGCUAUAUAUUCCAAACAGAAUUAUACAAGAAAAUGGUAUUAACAAAAAUAAUCUUAUUAAAUACGAUUAUCGCGUAUCAUAAUAUAGCAGUCGAUCGUCAAACAUUAAUGAGCAAAGUUGCAUCUGCCUCGUGGAUCUCUCGUAUUGUUAUCCGUGCAUCCAUUUUUUAAUCACAAUCUUUUCAAUCGCAGUCAUUGACGUUCUUGACGCUCCACUUUCGAACUUCAACGACCUAAAUCUUCAUAUUCAAGAUGACUCGAGUGGAAUAAAGCUAACGAUCAAUAAAGAAAAGGGUACCCGGCAUUUGGAAGUAUUUUUACCUAGAAUAAAAUUACGUGAAAAAGGGACGGAACAGACGGAGGGCAGAAAAAGCGUGGCAAUCUACAUAUUUUGCAUAAUAGCGAUUAAUUAAUCAUUGUAACGUGCCUCCAUCGAAUAUUAAACCGGAGUCGAAGGUAGGAAAAGCGGAAGGGAGAGAAAUACCAGAUUGAAAUGAAGCGUCGAGAGUGAUUAAGUUGAAGAAGGCAAAGGUCGUGGUCGGGACGAUCUUUACACAUCGCGGUAGAAGCGAUUAAAACGAACGAGGGGAUGAUUCACAUUGAAAAUUCGACUUGAUUGACGCAACUGAUUUUCUGCAGUCGCACGAUAUGCGCAGAGGAGACAAUAAAGCGAAGCGAGCAGCGAAAUACGAUAACGACUUGCUUAGUUAGUGAGGACGGCCGCGCGACGUGACAUUAUUGGUACACGGAUUUAUCGGAAUUUCGGGAUCUCCUAUUCUCCGAUAUUAAGGAGAGCGUCAGAUGGUCGUCCGAUAAGAGCGGGGAAAAUCCAAUGCGACAGAGCGGGAGCGCCAAGGACGAUUAAAGGGAACUAGGUGGGUAGAGGUAGAUAGGUAGAGACGCACCACAUCUCGCCGAUCGAUCCGUUAUAACGUUCUGCAUUCCGCGGGAUACGGUCAUACGAAUGCGGCGGCUGAGCUUAUGCGGAGGAACAAAAGGGAACGCUGGAAGUGCGAGAAUCGUCAGGGACGAAGGGGAGGAAAGGACGACGAGAAAAGCAGGACGACAGUUCGCGGCCGACUAUGUCGAUGGGAUCUCUUAUAGGUGCGGGAUCGCGCGGGGGAUGGAUUCCUCUCGACGUACAAUGAGAAGACUCGGAGGUGCACGAUCAUAAAUCUUGCCACGGUUCGUGACCCUGCACGGAGACCCUUUUUAAAGAAUAAACCGACGUUUACACGGGAGCCGGCCAGUUGUCAUUGCCGAGGAAAUUGGGAAAAUAUCUCGAGAGGGCAAACGUCGCCCGUGCUCCGGCAGAGAUAGCGGCAAGUUAAAUAAGCUCCGAAAGGAUCGCCCGACGACUUAUGAAAAAUGCAUAGGCACUUGGUCCGGUGCCUCCAUGCAAUAUGUAGCCCGUUGCCACCGAAACUGCAUGACGACGCGUCUGGCUUACGCUCUAGCGCGUAAAAAUGAAGUUUCCAGGCGAAGCCAUCACGGGACAAUGGUCCGUUAAGCCCCCCCAUUUUCUCUUCAGUAACGCGGCCACCACUUGAUUUUGUAUAUUACGCGGCGGCGAGAGCGAAGCAAUUAAAAUUAUGAAAACGCAAAAAUGAGAAAUUAAUUUACCCUGUCGGCAAAAAACGAACAAAAUAAAUAGAAAUGCAAUCGCGUUAAUGAGCGAAUUUUAAAAUGGGUUUACGACGCGUGCCCCCGCAAGACUCCGCCUGCAGUGGAAAAUUAAACAUUUUAACGCAAGGAUAAAAAGAUAAAGUUUGCCGAGGUGAAUGAAGAAAGGUCGCCCUUUGGAAGGCUGGAAUUCACAGUGCCAUUGAAUUUUCAAAGCAGCGCCGUAUCUCUUUCCAUCGCUCCCGCUAUCUAUUCUCCGAUUGGGUGGCUGUAAACCGAAAGGAGAUACGAGUCCCAACCUACAUAGGAAUGACUCUGUGCGGGGAAAAAUGUCGCGUAACCAGCAGCAAAAAUUCACAAGCUGAAGCUCGGAAUGCCUCUAGAGAUGUAAAUGCGACGCUGCGAAGCGCAUGUUAUUACUCUAAAUAACGUGCGUAAUAUAUUCGUGUAUAUUCGCGGGGCGACAAAAUUUUCACGCACUGGAAAUGGCGCUGGAACUAGAGCGCAAAAAUAGACUCGGACAUAAUAAGCAAAUAUUAAUUUCGCAAGAAUGUACUCGCCGUUGCAAGUCCGCGAGAGAUAAAUCGCCGCUUAAAACCUCACCAUUAUCUCGCGUGAUUUAAGAACCGUUAUUCACUUCGCCUCCGUGGAUAUCAAACGUGUGCGGAACAAUACAAUGAAAUUCCAUGAAUCUUUCCGACCUGUCGUUUUUUCGGGCACUACAUUAACAUUCGCCGCGGCACUACCCUCUCGUACAUCUCGGUAUGGCGUGCUCUCACCCCCUUUUUUUUCAGAGCGAACCUGGUACAGCUCAGUGCAAUCUCUCGCACACGGAGAAUUAUAAAUGGCUCGCCCAACAUUCGUAUUGCAGAUAAACAGCACCUUGCCCCGCGCACAGCAACCCCUUUUCACCCGGCGGAAACGAAAUAGCGAGCUGUAUCGAAAUUCUUCGCGAGACACGUUGCGAUUCGUCUUUCGUUUGACACUUUUCAGAACGGCUGACGAAUUUUUAGCCGCGCCGUAAAAGCCGAGCGCGUACGUCCGGAGUUUAAAAUUACGGAAUAACGAGAACCAGGCCGGGUCUAUAUUUCUGCAGUCUUUAUCUUUUGUGUGUGUCGCGACACUCCGUGUCAUCUCAUUUAUCCCCGUCGCGCCGCCAAAUUCGCAACAUCCGACGUCACAAGCAUCUGCAUCUCGUCUCUCGCCUUUUCUUAAUUUUUCAACCGCGCGCGGAACUUGCCGUCGCGUCGUCGUCGGCUCGCCAUAAAUUCAAAGCGCGCGUGCCUGCACCCUCAACGUCUGCGUUGUAUCCAACCCGGCGAUUUUACCACCCUCCUUCCUCCGUUCUCGUUUAAGUUCUCACGUGGCAAGAAUUUCAGUGACCGUGUGGAUAAGUUUAUUUCCGGAUAAAACUUGAACGACGGCCAGGAGCCUCGACGGUUCUCCAGGCGGUCGAUUCGCAAAACUCAUUUUCUUCGCAACGUGCUUGACGACGACGUUGUUUCCGCUUCCUAUUCCUCCGUUAAUUUCGUUGCCCGGCAGAUUUUCCCGCGAAUAAAGAUUUACAACCGGCUAAAAUUUGUACUAUACUUCAUCCCUUCCUUUACUUUUCACACGUUUCCAUUCGUAAAAUUAUCGGACAUUUUUCGCUACCUUUACCACGAGCAUAUUUUUCUUUUCACGCUUGCCUUACUUCCACUCUUGUUCCACUCGUUUCCUUAUCGAGGGAUGCGCCACCGAACGCAUACAACGAGCGGCAAUGCGGUUAGCGGAUUCGAGUUUCGCAGCGAAGUAAAAUCGUGGCGAUAACAACGGCGCAGCAGAGCGAAUUCCGGGAUAAAUGUUUGCGUACUGCAAUACAUCAGCAGCCAAGAGCGACGAUUAAUUACACCCAUGAUAAACUCGAAAGCCAUUACGCCCUCGGCAACUGUGCUCUCGCUCAUAGUUUGCAACUGCUUUAAAGACAUUUUAAGAAUUUGCGUGUACGCGCGACGCUCAUUAUCCUUUCUGGCAUCCUAACGAUGCCUCAGGACUUUCAUUUAUACGAUUUCAAAACGCCGUUUGGACAAACAAUACCGCCGCAAAGCCGGAUCGCGAAAUUUGCAUCCGGCGACGACGUGCGGUCGCCGCGACCUACUCAUAAACAAAUAUUAACUAUUCCUCUCAAACCGGCGAGUCAAUCCCUCGAGCGAAACCGAGGUCGCAAUCGGCGGCGAAAGGACCAAAUACCCGAAAUUCGCCGGUAGCGAGGCAACAACGCCCAUAUGCGCGCGCGCGCGCGCGCGCGACAUCGUCACGGUGUGACGUUGGUGUAACUGGUAUCAAUCACUCGUUACGGAUCGGUGCGCCCCAUUAUUUAGCUACGUCAAAUAUUUGCCGAUACCCAUGCGCUUGGACGCGGGAGAGGGGGAGAGUCAGAAAGACACACGCAUGCUGCAUGCCGGCCUCGGCGAAAUGGCGCUGACGUUUUCUCUGCACGCGUGACCGGCAUCGCAGAAUGACUCCGAUAUUGGCAAACUUCCCGACGACAAUUUUUUUCUCUCCCCUCGCUCUUCUUUUUUUUUUUUUUGGUCCCAUCGGCAUCUCUCUCCAGAGAUCAAACUGGAGUAGCGCCAUGCGACGAUGGAGACGACAUUGGCAAAUAACGUUCUCCGAGGCACAGCAUUAACAUUAUUACCUGCCAUCCAUUUCUCCGGAAGCACGAGCUCGCCGCAUUCGAUCGCGACUAUUGGCCGCGAUUCUCGUUUACAUAAUUCGCGGGUCAGGGAUUAUGAUGCAUCGUUUCAAGAGAGAGAGAGAUAUUUUAUCAUGUCGCGAGAUACGGAUUUAAAGCUCCUCGAAAACAACAGUUAACGUCGUCAAUCACGGAGAAAUGGGAAAUUUUUAAACGAGAAUUACGAACAAGCAAUUCUUUAGCGAUGCUUCGAUUAAUUCGCGACACAAUAAAGAUGAGUAAACAAAGUUUGGUAAAAUGAACGAAAUUCAUCCGUCGCAAUAACAUCGACUUGUUGACUUCAAGCGUAAUUGUGAAAAGCGAUGGUGCUUCCGCGACGAUAUUACCGACGUUAAACUCGCGUCCGUCCCUUAGGAUUUAUUUGUCAUGUUUGCGUCGAUCAGGAUUUAAGCAAGGACGUAAGCAGAUAGUCGCCACGGAACUUCGAGCGCUCUGUAAGGUUCUUAAGUUGAAGUCCCCGACAAGUCGUCCUCCAUUCCGUUCAAUCAUCCCCCGGUCGUUCUCGACUCUGUGAGUUUCGCACUCUCGCAGAAGUUAAACCGAAGUGAAGCUUCGAGGUUGUCUAAACCGGUGGUAAUCGCGCGCGCGAGCUCAACCGCGUUGCGUCGGAUCGAUCCAGAGAAUAUUUCGUUGCAGCUCCCCUCUCGAAAUAACGCUUACGUCUCGGUGGACCGGAUACACGGAUGGGAAUACCGUAUUGGGGGUAAAGGGUAUUCAGACCCGCUCCCGAUAUCCGUUCAAUUGAGAGAAUUGCUCCGCUAACUUUCGCGACGUUACGAACUUUACAGCGGUGUCAGAGUUUCGCUCCAAAUCGUGCCGCGGCAUCAAGGAACUCGCGAAGUGCCUGCGGCUGUCAAACUUCAACAUUCGAACUGCAUGUAAACAAAUAAAUUUCCACGGAGUGCCACAUGCAAUCUUAAUGUCUCGAUAUCCAUCGCUAUUUUUCACAUUUACGUUUUUUCUGGAUCGUCACCUGUCUACGCGACAGACACGCGUACCGCAAAUCGAUGAAAUAACGUUCCUGUUUCUGCCACUCUCCGCCAACACACAUCUGUCUCUAGCUCUCUCUCCGUGUCUCUCUGCAAAACGACUAGAAACAAUAUUUAUAAACUCAAGGAGAUAGUUUGUGCAAAAGCAAUAAUAGUCGCUUAAAAAACAUUUCGAGCGAUAGCGCACGGAGAGAGACGGAAAGUGUUAUUCGUGCACAACAAACCACCUCGUCCGCUGACGAGACAUAAAGUCGCACAAAUGUUGGCGAAACGCCACGUUUUGGUGAAACACGCAAUAAGGCGAAUCGCUGCCGGGAGAAGCUUUAACGUUUAACUCGAAAGUUGUAACUCGCGGAGCCGCUCUAAUUGUCACGCAUGGCCCGGCAUUUAAUCAACCUUAAACAACAAACAACAACGAGGACUUAUCCGCAAUGUUGGCGCACGCGAAUCGCUUCGAGAGCGCGGCGAGUUCCCCUAAUACGAAUAUAAAUAUUGGCAAAGAUCAACACGUGUCGUGCACGCGGGCUGCUCAUUAGAACUGCGGAGCUCGCGCAGUCCCGUUUAAAUAACGACUAUUUCACGACGCGUAUAUUACACCGGCGAGCAAAUUUACCCUACAUCCCAGAGUCACGUCGCGAAGAUUUAUUCGAGAACCUGUCAUCGAAAACGUGAAAAAACUCGCUAUCAUUUCUCGUUUCUUGCACCUCGCUGCUACAAGAUGUCGACAAUCAUUAUACAGCCAUCAAGAACUCGAUCUCUUUUUCAUCGCGAUUUAUCAUGCAACAUUCAAAUUAAUGCAAAUGUUGUAUACUGUAAGUGCGAAUAAUUGAUUCCUCGCUGUAACGUGAAAUAAAUCAAAAUAAUAGAUAACAAUUAUAAACGAAUUCUUCUUGCGUGAAAAUUCUAACAGAAUAUCAUAUCCAUAUAUUCUAAAAUAAUAAACAUUCUACUGCGCGCGCGACUUGGAUUACAACAGCAAGAAACAAUUCGCCUGGGAAGUAUGUUCUUCAUCGUUCGUACGCGUAGAAAUUGUACUUGAGAAAUAUAUUACUGUUACCAUCAUUGUAGCGCCAUAAAAAAAAAAUAGUGUCUAGAGAAAUAUCUUGCGGUUUAAAAGAUAUUCAACGUUGUCACGGUCGCUUGGAUUUACUUGUGCAUUUUCAGUCUCUUAUACUUUGAAAGUUACUUCGCACGGGGAAUUUCCGGACGAAUCGUCAGCUCGUUAUUUUUAUACUUCUAUGUUAUACGCUAGGGUAAGACUUUAAAAGCUCGACUUCACAUUACUAUCACUACGUAAGAUUUACAUUUUUGCUGGUAACACUCUACUCCACGUAUAAGACUUUACGAUAUUCUCGAUUACAUAUAUAUUGCGUAAUACGUGCUCACCUCGCGGAACUGUGGACGUUGCCCGGUCGGUCGUGAAACACCUUUUUGUAUAGCAUGCCUCGAACAUGAUCCUAGUUCUGACAAGCCGGAAUGAGAAACUUUUCGACUUUACGCGACGAGAGGGGCGUAUUUUCCCUACCGAGGAAAAAUAAGUGCAAACGCGAACGCCGCUGAUAGCCGGUUCCGCUCACUCCGGCCUGUCCGAAAGAAAUGAAUGCAACCGCGUUUAUUGCAAAGUCUGCUCCGUAAACGCGGCCUGGAUAUCACUUGAACCUUAGCAAUAAUCGUGGAACACUUUGUUACAUCGUGGCGGAGGUUUUUAAUCGCCGUCGAGCGUUAAGAGCUGGUUGCACCAACAUCAAUUAACGUAAACCUUAAACGUUUCCUUGCGCGCGAAAUCUACCGCGAGAGCUCCGCCAUGUACUUCGGAAACGCGUACCCUGGAUAAAGUUGAAGAAUUUUAUAUUUUUGGCACCGAGUACUUUGGUAACUGUGUCGCGAAUUAAGAUCUACUUAAGAUAAAGCGCGCUCGAGAUUAGUUGGAAAAUAAAUGCUCCGUUAUCUUAUUUGCACUUGUAAAACUUUACUUUGUCAUAACUUUGAUUUCAUCAGCGUUAAUCAAAUCCAAUCUCCAAAUUUAUCAAAGGACUCCCAUAAGUAGGGAUUAUAAUCUGGCUGAAGAUAAUGAAUCACUGACCUGGAGUUAGUUAAAUCAGAUUGUCGGUGCAACUCAGUCCAAGUUGCGGACGGCGCGCAUACCUAACUCGAGCAGGCUUGGUGACGUGCGAGGGGGAUGAAUCACUACGGCGACGUAUGAGACGGUCGAAGAAUGCCAACGAUGAUCUCCCGCGACGGCCACUUCAGCAAAGAGAGCCUCCUUUCCGCAGUUUUUCAUUCUUGUCGAGUUAUCGCGGUGAUCAAAAAUUCUAUUUUUCUAACACACGUCCGAUUUUGCUUCGACGCAAUUCGCAGCGUCAUUGCGUCAAAAAAUGCAAGACCGCGGGGGGAGCAUCGUUGUCGUCGGCCUCGAGCCGGGGGCGAAAGCGAUUUUUCGCGAUUUUUAUCGCCGGUGUGUCGCGCAUCGAUCUCUUGGCGGCAACAUGUCAGGUGGGAGAAGAUUGCGUCAGCAGAGGUAAUCAUGCGCCACAAUAAAGAACGACAGAGAAAGAGAAAAAAAGAGAGGGAGAGAGAUUUUAAAAACGUUUAAUGAGAAAAAAAAAUAAUCCAUCAGCUUUAACAAGCUUAGCUUUUCCAAUAUCUGCGGGCACCCCCGUGACCUCUGAUUAUUUUCUUAUAAACGCCGGCUUUAAAACUGUUUCUCUACUCUGGCGCAAAUAAGUUAACUCUGCCGAUGGGACUCUUGCCCACGACUAACGCGGAGAACCGAAAAAUGCGAGGGAAACGGGAAGACGAACGCGCGAGUGUGUAUCGGAUUAAGUUUUAUCGUUGUUAAGGAAUUAUUAAGUAACAAAAAAAAUCGUCUUAAGCAAUUUUUACAAUUUUCAACGGGAAGCAUAAGUGUAAGAGUCGAAUCUCGCUUAGUGAAAUUUCUAGAUGCUUUUCGUGUCAACUGAAUUCUCGUAGUGAACGCUUUGUGCGAGCUGAAAGUCUCUCGUAAUUCGUGAAGAGGUAGAUGAGACUGAUACAGGAGGCCGGAGGAGAUAAAAGGCGCGCGACGAAAAGUGCCGGGGAAGGAACACGAAAGGAAAUCAAAAAGCUCCAACGUGCCUGCUCCAGGCGAUGUUGUCCCAUUUUCUCUGCAUUUAUCUCGGCGCGGCGCGUCUUUUCGCGAGUGGCCAUUCAGCGAGACGUCAUUAACGUUGAUAAUUAGCGAUUAACAGGCACAAGCGUGAUCAGAAUGAUGGAAGUGAGAAAACACCGAGAGUGCGAAAAGUAAUCGGCGGCGAAGCCCCGGAGGUCAUUACGUAACUAUCGGCCGGGGAUAAUUAUUCCAUUUGUAUUCGUUAAGCGGGCUUGCACAUUUAUUCGAGCGAGAUCAGCGCGAUAUAGAAUAUCUGUUGCAUAUCGUUGCGCAGUUUAUUCUUUACGAUUUAACAUAAUUUUAACCGCUGGGUCGACUCAAUUCCAUUUCGAUAGCGCUAAUGGCUGUGAAAUAAGCGUUUUCAAUGCAACUAUAAUCCAGCAAAACAAGUCUCAACGUCGCAUUCGUACCUGUGACCGUUUAUCGCCGUGUGUAUAAUGCAACGCGGCAAUCGGUUUGAAUCCCUUGAAGCGCAUUACGAUAAUUAAUUUAAAGCCGCUAUACGGUAUCGGAUUUAAUUUCGCCAUAUUACUGCGCGAACGAGAAAUUAGUCAUUUCACAGAUGGAAGCUUUCCCGUGGACAUCUGCACCGCAAUCGAGCACGGUAUAUCCGCCUCCAAUUUGCGACAAAGGGCUUUGAGACACGGGUCACAGACACGUCACUGAGGCACAAAGACGCGCUUUCGAGGAUAAAGCUGUCGGACGAUUGUAUCCGCGAGCUGCCGUCCACGCCGGAAUUGCGUUUCCCAUCACGGCAUUCACGGCGGCCGUCACGCGGUCACCGAGAUUUGGAAUUUUUAUCGCGAUCUCGCGAACGCGCUCGCGAAUCUCACCCGUGGGCCGUGUUUCUCAAUGCUCGCGGAAACAAAUGGAAUGUUUAUGGUGAUUAGAUCCGAUCGAUUCGAACGCGUAUACGGCUAGAUUUCGAUAAGAAUUUUCAACAUAUACAUUCUGUAUCUCUGGUCUUCUCGCGUUCGCUUUGAUAUUCUUAUUAAUAGCUAGAGAUAAAUCUCCGUUGCAGCUCUACGUGCCUCGAGAAGGAUUGCGAGGCUUAACCUUCUGUAACCUAUUUUCCGAUUGUUAUUGAGCCGCUCUGACUAUAUUACUCCUCCGGGAAGCGUUGCAGGUUAUUUCACAAAGAUACACGAAACGGUAUAUCUACCGCGGUAGCGUGAAAAUAGAUAUUAGGACGUUAUUUCACUGUGAGUUAUAGAAGAUUGACGUAACAAGAGCGAUCUAUGCGAUUAUGUAAAAUGUCCAAACCAAAACUGUUACCGUUCCUCUCAUUUAACGAAUUCUUUAACCAUUCUUGAGUCAAUUUUUUUCUUAAUGAGAAUAUUCUUAGAGAAUUUUCUUAACGAAAACCUUUAUUGAGAAAAUGCUUAAUUACGGUUUAAAAUGACCUUUUAAAUUAAUAUCCACUGGUGCUAGUCUCAUUGACGAAAUUCCAUUCUUAAUUCUACGAUAAAUUUUAAUACAAGGUGUUUAAUAUUGAACAUUAAAUAAUUUUAAAUAAAGAUAAUAUCAGCUAUAUAUUUUUCUUAAGGAUUAUACAACGGUGGAAGAAGUCGUAGAUGGAAAAAGUAAUGGUUUUGGAACAGUCUCAGUGUACUAAUCCUAAGUUUUACUUAUGCGGAUUUUAAGUUAUAAGCAUCCCCGCGUUAAAUAUACCACUUGGACUGUAUUGCGAAAUUGCAAAGUGUAAAUACGAUCGGUCAAUACCGUGAAUUAUUCAUAUGUUUCCUUCGAUAGUCACUUCCGAGGACAAGCGCUCUGGGAGGCGAAAAACCCAACAAAAUUGCAAUGGAAUUGAACAGAGAUACGUAUUGGGAUAAGCGUGAGUUUUUUUUUUUUUUACCGACAUUUCUCUCCACAAUUACCUUCUCUCACUCACUAUUUUUCUCUUACUCUUUCUCUAUUUCUCUCACUUGUUUUACGCAUCGGCGACCUCGGCGACCUCGAAAAGAGCGGCUUUUUCGAUAAUAACGUUAACAUAAAAAGGAAAAGUAUAUUCUCUAUACUAUAGUAAGAUAUUACUAUUCUUAAGCGCUGCGAUGCACGAAGGCUAUUCUAAUGUGUACCGUUAUACUUAUCGCUACUUGUACCGCUACUAUUACCGCUAGUAUGUACUCUAACGCUAACUACUGUUACUAUAUUUGCAGCAACGUGCGAAACUUUUCCGUCUAAAUGCAUAAUACACAUUCUCGAGAGACACGCCCAUAAACACAUACGUAUACUGUCCACACGUACACACACGCAUACACUGAACAUUGCAUCCGUUCCGUGCACACGGAAGGAGGAACACGACACGUACACUUAAUAAACGUCAACAUCAUUGUUUUACAAACUUUCUGUGAUAAUUAUUAACAAUCACUAAAUACGAAGAGAAAUACUAAGUACAGAGCGACGAAAAUGGAGAAGAAGCGAGAUGACGGAAAGUCUAACGAGGGGGAAAGGGGAAAGGCUCGUUUGAACGAUAGGCGGGAAGAAGCAUGGUGCUCUGAUUGAACGAAAGGCGUCUUGUUAGAUGAUAUAAAAUUAUUGUUCCGUAGUUUGUUGUACGAUCGACGAUCCGUUGAAAUGCUUGUACUUGCUCUGAUCCUGCGACAGACAAAAGGAAAAAGAAGAAAAAGCGCGAGAAGAAGAAAGAACAGAAGCAGAGAGAGAGAGCGAAUGCAACAAAUAACGCGACCUCGAGACGUUGCUCGGUUACCACAAAAAUCUAAGCGCAUUGUUAUUUUGUAUGGUCCCAUGCGUUUUUUCUAAAUGACGACAUCGUGACAUGCGAUAUGAUGGCGAUUAAUAAAAAUAACUUCAAGCACA